GCGGCGCGUGUUCUAUUAGCCGCCGCUGGUGGAUCGCGGGCUCCCUGGCGGGGGAGACUGCGCGCCAAGUGGAGAGCGCAGGAGAGAGCACUGAUAUAGUCCCAGAAGAGAUUCCCAAGAAGAGAGAAAGCGUUGCGGUUGGUGGCCGAGGAAGAGGGGCGAAGUCUGUCCUAGACAAGCCUCUCUCUCUCUCUCUCGUUUCCUCCCCACUCGCCUGUUCAGACCAUUCUAGUCUGCCUAGUCAUAUCCAGCAGCCAUUCCAAUCCCACUCCUCCUCCUCUCCCCGUCUCUGCUCUGCUUCUUGCCCUCCAAAUCUCGGCAACAGUCGAAGAGAAAGAUGCAAAAGUAGCGAGGGAGGACAGGGCUGGGCUUUGCUUUGGGAAGGAUUAGCCUCCUUUGCUUGACGGAAGCAUCUGCUAUCAGCUGGAAAACAUGAAGAGCCUGGGAAACAUGGCUACCGUCGUUCAUUCCUUGCGCCGGAGAGGAUCCCACUCCAGGAGCGAGAAUUCAGAUUACACGGAGAAGGAGAAAGAGAUUAUGGCAGAGAUCGAGUUAAGGAAACUGCAGCAGCAGUUUCGGAUCAUGGUGGAAGGCCGGAAAUCUUUUGGGUUAAAAACUCAACAGCAUUUGUUCCACCAGGAAAAACAAAUCCAUGCCUUGAAACAGGAACACGAUGAGAUUAAUUUACUCCUGAGUCUCACAAAGUCGCCCCGGAACAUUUUCAUGGAUGACCGCAACUGCUCGGAGCUUAAAUUCCUUCUGCAGACCAAAGAUGAGUACGAUUCUCUCAUCCGAGCCACCAGAGCCUUGAUUGGCGAACUUGAUGACAAGAUACUAGAAAUGGAAAAAAAGAUUAAAAAGCAAAAAGUGCUGGUGAUAAAACUGAGGCAGGAGUACGACGGAAAAUGGCUGCAGAGGCAGAUUCAGUUGCUGGAUAACCGUCUCAAUCACGUGACAGUCUAUUUUGACACUAUCUUGAUCACAAAUGCUAAGCUCCGUGAAGAGAUUGAGAACUUGCAGUGCCAGAAGUCUGUCUUUGAUAACAUCUAUGCCAGGCUGCAUAAGAAACUGGAGCAGCAAAAGAAGACGAUGGAUGUGUCCAUUGAGCAGUCAACACAGGCCUAUGAGCAAAGGGUGGAGGCCCUUGCCAGGAUCUCUGCCAUGAAGGAACGGCGUUGCAAAGACAUUGCACAGUUCAACAUCGAAUUCAGGGAGCUGGAGCGGAUCUAUAACCACGAGACCAAACUGAAGGCCUUUAUGUUAAUCAAACUGGUGGAUCGCUCGGAAUAUGAGGAGGAAGCCAAAAAGGAAGAAGCUGCAAAGGCAAGGAAGCGUGCCAAGACCAAAGGGGAGAGCUUUGAGAGCUAUGAGGUGGCCUAUAUGCGUCUGCUGAAGCUGACAGAGAAUGGCGACAUUGACCAGCUGGUGGAGGACUUCAUUGCGAAAGAAGAGAAGAAUUUUGCCUACUUCAGCUAUGUCACUGAACUGAACAACGACAUGGAGAGACUGCAGAAGAGGACGGAAGAGAUCCAGAAUGAAAUCAGUCAGCUGAAAUCCCAGCAGAAGACAGCUGAAGACAUCAUUCAUGGCAAGCUGAAGGGACUCGAGGAAAAGCUGCAGAAGACCACUGAAGAUGCCAACAUGUACGAGUACAAGUUGAAAGAGAGCAGCAAGAUCCUGGACCAGCUGAAAUCAGCAGUGGACUUCCUGUUCAAGCAAAUAGGCUGUGAUGCCACUAAGAUCAUGGAGCACCUGGGCGAGACGGGGGAGAUCACAGACCAGAACUUCAUGCAGUAUUUCAGUAUUGUAGAGAAGAAGAGCAAUGACCUUCUGUUGAUUGAAUCCUUCUUGCGCUACAAGGAAUUGGAGGGGGAGCUUGACAGUGUACCCCUCUUGAACCCAUUUUUGGGUGGUUCUGCCUUCCUUAAGAAGCUGAACACCGUUAGAAUAACCCCGCCGCCUGUCACCAUGGAUCCCUUUGCAGACACUUUAGAACCCUUGGAGGGGCCUCUGGACCACACCACCUUACGCAACAUGAUCCUCGAGAACCAGGAGAAGGAAAAACCCAGGACCUCAUCCGAGAAAAUUUUACUAUCUUCUAGUAGAGAGAAGAGGAAAUUAACAUAGACACCGAAAUGGAAAUGUGCUGGAUAUGAGUGACUUUUUAACUCUCUUUAUUUAUUAGUUUUUUUUAUCAAACAGGACAGAGUACCAAAUGGACUUUCUUUACAUAGCAUAAAGAAUUAUAUAUAAAGAAUCGGGUUUCUCUUUGGCAUUACUACCCCUGUUGCCUCUAAAAGGAGCUGAGCACCUUUUAAUUUUUUUUUUUUUAAUAGUGGCAUCAGUUCCUUUAGGUUGAGACCAUCUGUUUACCUCCUUUUGGGGGGAAAUACUUCUUUGAUGCAUUUUUAACGUCUCUCAUCACAAAAAUUCUUUGAUGAAGAUGCCUCAGAGAAUCCAAGCAAGCUAAGCAGCCAGAGGAGAAGUGUCUCCCUCUGCCCCCGCCAGCAGCCCAUAACUGCAGAUAUCCACCUUGACCUUGGAGCACUGAAACGGCUAUUGAUUUUUUUCACUGCAUGGAUUGUGCAUAGUCAGGAAAUUGCCUGCUCUUGGCAGCUUCUGUUAGCUAGCGAAAAUAAAAGGAUGUGACCUGG